AUCAUCAUCCUGCUCCAGAGCAGAGGUAGCCUACGUCUGCUGCUGCUGAGGUGCACUCCGCGCGCCGCUCGGCCCGCCCGCCCGCCCGGACACUGCAGUGGAGGUUACCGCUCCAUCGCUGCUGCGGCUGCUCGCUCCCGACUCCGCGUCCCGCUGCAGAUUUCCCGGGUCAGGGACGAAGAGGGGACACCACCGAGAGUCAUGGCCGAGUCCAACCCGCGGUGGGGAUUCCCUCGGCUGCGCCGGGCCGCGGUAAGCUCAGACAGGAGGUGGGGAGGUGGGAUGUCUUGUACGGGGCGGUGAGGAUACUGCAGCAGAGGAGAGAGAGAGGAGAGGAGUUCAGGAGACUACUGCGACACUGAGGUUGGGAUGAGCUGCCAGUACACUGAUAACUGCAGCGGAUAUGAAGGUUUAUAUCGGUUCAGAUUUAGAUCACAGUUAAAUGUCAAAGUCUCUGUAGGGGACCAGGACAGGCCAAUGACAAAUGUGUGUUUGUUUGUGUGUGCGUGCGUCUCCGUGCGUGUGUUAGUUUGGGCUGCAACAGCAGAGACAGCUUUAGUACCGCAGUCUAACUGUGGAGAGUCUCCAAACUGUUCAGCUUUAUGUAACUGAUUUGGGGAUGUGUGUGUCAGAUACCUGCUGCCCAUAGAUCUGAAUGUCUGCUCUGUUGCUGCUUUAACACCCUCCUGUUCUGGAUUUUUAGGAGUUAAUAUACACACGUGCAUCUUAAUGAACAUGUAGGCCUAAAUGUGACUGCAUUAAUAAUUCCUCUACAGUCAUGAUCUGAUUCUGCAUGGAGGCUGCUUCAACUUUGGAUCAUACAGUGUUUGAUAUUAAAGGGAUAAUCUGGUGUAAAAUUUAUUUAGAGUCAAACACACCGUAACACCAAGUUAGACACCCCCUCCAGAGAUAAAUGUGGUCGACCGUUUGCUUCUCUAGUUAUACCAACUUUAGUAAUGACCCCACGAUAGCGAUUCACAGUGGUCUACGUCUCCACUCGCAAACCUCAACCAAAACGCCACUCUAUAGCCACAAAUAAUGCUCAGAACAGCACCUAACUUCAUAAAAAUCAUAUUAAUCAUUUUGCUGUGCAAACGUGGUAGUUCUGCCUUGGCAUCUCAGUCUGAUUGGAUUUCAGUGGAGAAAUGAUCAUAAAUGUUUUUCUUUGAGCUGCGAAACCCCACAGCAGGUCUCGCUACAAACAAGGAGGAUAGUGGGUGAGUUGUGUUUGGUCAGCCAUAGUACUAGCCACCAAACAUCUUUUUAGCUUUGCCUGAUUUCUUUAGCAAAGAGACUAAACACAACUCACCUACUCUCUUCCAGCAGCUGCUUGCUUGUAGCGAGACCUCAGACAAGUCUAUUAUGGACCUUAUCAUUUUCUUGAAGUAAUAAUCAUCAUAUUAAUCUAUAAUCACGCGGUAGUUCUUCUGCCUUAGCGUCUUGGUCUGAUUGUAUUUUUAAGAAGUAAUAAUCAUAAAUGUUCUUCCUUGAGCUGCAAAAUUCCGCUGCACUCUGUGAUUGACUCGUCAGGGCUCCCCCACAAACAAGCGGCUGCUGGAGGAGAGAAUGGCCAGUCCAUUAAGGACUGCAGUGGAGUUUCGCAGCUCAAGGAAGAACAUUUAUGAUCAUUUCUUCAUGGAAAUGCAUUCAGACUGAGACGCUAAGGCAGAAGAACUACUGCAUCUGCAGUGCAAAAUGAUUAAUAUGGUGAUUAUUACUUCAUGGAAAUGAUCAUAAAUGUUCUUCCUUGAGCUGAGUCACCCCACAGCAGUCCGUCAUGGACUGGCCUGAGGUCUCUCUACAAAGAAGAGGCUGCUGGAAGAGAGUAGGUGAGUUGUGUUUAGUCUCUUUGCUAAAGAAAUUAGUCAAAGUUAAAAAGAUGUUUGGUGGCUAGUACUGUGGCUGGGACCCUAUAUGUGCUGUUGAUGAAGUUAGGAGCUGUUCUGAGCAUUAUUUGUGGCUAUAGAGUGGAGUUUUGGUUGAUGUAUGUUGAUGGCUCCUCAGACCGCUGUGUAUUGCUAUCGUGUGGUAGUUACUCAAGUUGGUAUAACUAGAGAAGCAAGCAGUCGGCAACAUUCAUCUCUGGAGGGGGCGUCUACCUCAGUGUUACAGUGUGUUUGACCCUAACUUAAUUUUAUGCUGGAUUAUCCCUUUAAAACUCAAUACCAUCCACCUCUGUCACACAAGUGAACAGGGAGAAAGUUGUGUUAAUUUGGUCUUACAACAAGAGACUGAUCCAAAGUUCAAACUGUGAUUAUUAUAACACAUCCAAAUAUACAUUUGUGAUUUCAUUGUUAUGAUAUUGUAGUGUUGUUUCAGCAAUGGAAAAAAUAUCUUAACCAGUCAGUUUGAGCUCAUAACACUGGAAGCACAAUAAUACAAAACAAUGCUGAUGUGAUGAUAGUACAUUAUUUACUUAGCUGUCUGCUUUGAGACCAUUGAAUACCUGGUGGUCGUGGUCGCCUAUCAGAGAUCCUGUAUGUCCUUCUGCAGGAGAAAACUGCUGAGAUCAUAAAAAAGUCAAAUGAACAGAGUGAGAGAGCUCUCUUUGAGAAGACUGAGAUAAUUGGGAUGUAAGAUAGCAGGAGAAGUGAUUCAGCCAAGAGAAACUAGUGCUGACUGUAACAUUCAAAAGUGCGUGAGCAGAGAUAACCACAGGUUGGUGUUUGAGCGGAGAAGGAGAAGUGAGGAGAGAUCUGCGAGGAAACAGCAGAUUGAGUCCAGGAAGCUGACUGUCAGGCUUCCCAGAUUGACGCUGAGAGAUGCUGAUGCUGUGUUGAGCUCUGCUAGACUGUAAAGACCAACAGCAUUCAGCUGUCAGCUGCUCUGACUGACACCAGGACUCCUUGUUUAUUGUCCCAUUUUAUUCUGUCGUUCCACAAAACUCAGUUUACCACAUUGUUAGUCUGACACAAAUCAUUUCCUCAUGCGUCACAGUCCUCCCCAGUCCUAUAGCAACCUUAGUGAUGUGUAGGUCACGAAUGAACUGAUUCAAAGAGCCGGCUCUUUAACGUGAACGAUGGGCUCCGGCUCCCGUCUUUGAACCAUUUCUUAUUUCUCUCUUUUUGUUUUUGAUUUACUUUUCAGUUCAAAUAGACACCUAAAGCUGCUCUUUUGUUAAUUCCAAUACAUCUGUUUCUUUUUAUUAUGUUAUUUAUUUGAUCAUUUGUGUUUAAAUAAAUACUGAAAAUCUCAAUAAAGAUGUUUCUAUCUGCUUUGUGUAGCAGAGUGGUUCUACAAAUAAGUCAGUGCAUUCACUGGGUGGUUUUUCAGAGAGUUACAAGGGUCUGUGUAAAUGCAAUGAAAACAAUUGGCUGCAGCAAUUUACUGAUAUUAGAAAAUGUACAAAGGAUUUAUUGAAUUAUUUAAGAGGUAUGUGUACAUGUACGUACAUAUCAUAAGCCAAACAUUCUAAAUUUGGCUGAAUUAGAAAAUGUAUAAGUGGUAAAAUAAAGAGACGUUUGGGAGCCGAAAGAGCCGGCUCUUCUUAGCGAAUGAUCUGGCUCACUAAAAAGAGCCGUAAUUCCCAUCACUAUUAGGAAUGGAUUGGUUUCUAUGCUUCAAAGAUUGGUUUAAAUUUGUCGCUUCAGAGAGAAAUAGAAAUUUAUCAACUAUUUGUGAAUUGAAAGCAUUCGUAAAAAUCUCCUGAAAUCUAAUCGAAGAGUGCGCAGCUCCAGGAUGUUUCACUGAAUGAUCUGUUUAAAUGGUUUCCUCUUGUUGUCUCUCUUUGUUAUGAUUGUCGACCUCUUUAGACGUCAUUUCCAGGCAAUCUGCAUUUGGUGUUGGUGCUCCGCCCCACUGGCCUGUUAAGCACCACCCCCAGUCCGUCUUCGAGCACGGACCUGGGCUUCCGCUUCAGCCAGGAUGAUUUCCUGCUCAAGAUGCCGGUAAGACGAGGGGAUUCGAAACAUCUUCGUGAUACAUACAUCUGAACCUGUUUUUCUCUUCAUAUGUAUUCAUGGAUUUAAAAAAGCGUAUCACCAUCUGCAACUAUAUGCUGCCAAACAAGCAGACGCCACAUAAUGUCCCUCAGUUAAAUCAAUAUUUAGGUAUUGUACCUGUUUCAGUGCGUGUCCUGUGUCUCUGCUUUUGUAGGUGGUGAUGUUGCGUUCAGUGGGGGACCUGCUGCGCUACAUCGAUGAAAACCAUCUCACAUCAGACUUCACUGCGAAAGUGGAGUACUGCCAAAGUGACUGGAUCGUCCUCCGCACGGUGAGCACCUCUGUCUGAAAAAUAAACACGACAAGAAACAAAUCGGACGAAUCAAACACUGACAGACAGCAGCAGGAUGAAAUAGUCCUGCUUAGUUUACUUUAGGGUGACCAUACGUCCUCUUUAACCUGGACAUGUCCUCCUUUUGGGGGAGUUUAUGAAAUCCUUUAAACGUCCGGGGUUUUGUGUGGAAGUUUUGACUUGACCCGAGCCAAAAAACCCUCAAAAUUUUGUGCGACUCCACUCCAUGUCGUAGUGUCCUCUCUUUAGGGAUUCACUCUAGUCUACUUCUUUUCACAUGAAUCGUAAAUGUUGAAUGUUUGCUCACAUGUCUGUUUUGUGUGUUUUUAAAGGCCAUUGAGACCUUUGCUGUGACGGUGAAGGAGAUCGCCCAACUGCUGCAGAGCUUUGGAUCAGAGCUGUCUGAGACCGAGCUGCCAGAUGAAGCCAGUGCCAUCGAGUUCCUGCUGCACUCGCACACACAUCGAUACCGGCAGAUGAAGGUUGUCGUCUCUGUCUUUGUGUAGAUUUUGAACUCGAAUCUUUGCACUUGUUUAACGCCCGCGUCUGUCUCCCCUCAUCGCUUGUCUCGUUGUUUCAGGACGAUAUCAGGAAUGUGUUGAAAGAAGGACGCCUGCUGCUGUCAAACCUGGAGACUGUCAAGGCCUCGAAGAGAGACGAGGAGGAGGAGAGAGACAUUAGAGGAGACAUGGACACAGUGCAAAGGUACAGAAAGAAGAAAAUGAGACCCAUAAAGAUGAUAUGAGAAGUCAUCUCAGUUCGAGGUGUAAUUUCUUGGUAAAUAUUUGAUUAUCGUCUGCGCACAUGUUUGUUUUAGGCUCCUGGCUCAGCUCAGAGACAUGGAGGAGGCGUUUGACGGUUUCUUUGAGAAACACCAUCUGAAGCUGCAGCAGUACCUCCAGCUGCUGCACUAUGAAAUGAGUUUCCAACAGGUCUGAUGAUCACUCACAUUAUCCCUGAGUCUGUGUUUCACCGCAGUGAUGACUAAUUGUGAGGAUGUGUGGGUUUGUGUAGAUGGAUGAGGUCCUCGAGAAGCUCACGAACCAGGAGAAGGAGAUCUCCUUUGUGGGGACUACGGUGGUCCAGACGGAGCAGCUGCUGAAAGAUCUGGAGAUGUUGGACGCACAUGCUGAGGUCACACAGAGUCAUAUCCUGGUCGCAAGUUUAUGAUUUAUGACUGGGCAGAAAAAAACAAACUUCCUUAACAAGCAGAACCAGAGUCUUUGGUACAUUUAAAAAUUUAAGUAACAACAGGUGACUCAGACUUCUGGCCGAGGUGACCACAAUUAUGGAAGCAUAUUGCAUUCACUUAAAAAAAAAAAAGGAAGGAAACAGGUUUUUUUUAGUAUUUUUUGUAUGUUUUUGCAGUAAUACUUACUAAUUUUUUUCUUCUUUCUGUUUUUCUGACAAUUUUUUUUCCCAACUAAGCGAGAUACUUUAAAAUUCUGUGAGAAUCUCAUACAAUCAGAUAAAGUAAACCACUGUGGCUGCUCCAAAUCAGUGGAUCCCAGAGAAAAGGAAAAAAAAACUAGUCUGAAAAACAAAACAAAACAAAACAAGAAAACAGCCUGAAAAACAGGGUAAAAAUAUAUUUAAAAAACAGAAAAGAAAAGAAAAUGUCCAAAAAAAGAAAAAAGAAAAAAAAUUACUCUAAAAAACAGGAAAAAUUAGUCCGAAAAACAGAACAGAAAAAAUUACGCUAACAGAAAAAAAAUUACUUUAAAAAACAGAAAAAAAGAAGUCUGAAAAACAGAACAUUUUGGUGAAUGCAAUACACUUCCGUCUUCUGUAAAAGAAAACAUUGUAGUUCCCUAAAAGUGAUAAUUUCUUGCCUUGUUGCUGUUUCUUUUUUAAGACUUAAACUUUAAUUUACGGCUCUUUGUUUUUAGCUGUCCUGGUUUUUGUCCUCCCUUUGAAAAACGUUAAAGUUCACCAACAUGUUUUUCUUUUUUGAGCAAGAAAAUUCAGAAUUUCUUGAAAAAUAAAACCAAACUAAAUAUUAAUUUAAAUUAGUUAUAAAGCAGUAUGGAAGAAGAUAAGGGCCACUGAAAAAAAAGUCAAAUAAACCUCAGAAUUCUGACUUUUUUUUCUCUUAAUAGUUAUUAAAAAAUUAUACUGGACCUUUUUUUUUUUCCGGUGUCCCUAAUCCUCUUCCAUACUGCUGUUAAUUUGACAUUGCCCGUCCAAAACCCUCAUAUGUGUGCGUUUGUGUAUCAGGAGGAGAUGGCUCGCGCCCAGGUUGUGAUUCUGCACGGUCACCAGUUGGCCGCCAACCACCACUACGCUCUGGCGCUCAUCGUCCAACGCUGCAAUGAGCUGCGGCAUCACUGUGAUGUCAUCACCAACGCCAUACGAACCAAGAGGGCCUCACUGACUCGAGCGCGGGACCUGCUGCACCGCCUGGAGGGGGUAAAAAAAACUGCUGACACAGGGACACACAAACACACACUCAAACACUUACACAUGCAGAGUGAGUGUGACUGCAGUACAAACAUGAAUCGAUCUCUUUGAGUUUUGUUGUGUCAGGACAUUUUUAGUAUGAAACACAGUUGUUUAGACCCUUUUUCUUCAUCCUGUUUCUUUAUUUUGUUUGAGUUUCAAAUUUCUGUCUAUAAACGUGAAUCAGUUGUGUACAUAUGUGUGUCUUUACCUGUUUUGUAUGUUCGCAGGCCCUCCGGUGGUGUGAUGAAGGCGCUUAUCUCCUGGCGAGUCAAAUGGUGGACAAGUUCCAAACCAGAGAGGGAGCUCAGGAGGCGCUGCAGUACCUGAGCUGUCACCAGGAGAGGGCGCCGUCUGCUCUGAAAAGCAGCCAGGACAUUCUGAGCCUGGAGUUUGAAGCCAUACUCACCCCACAGCUGCAGGUUACACACCUCAACCGAAGCGAAUACACAAAAAAACACUUACCUACUGCUCACUUCAACUCACUGUGCUCACUGUCUUCCUGUGUCUCUCUCUAGUCCCAGAUCUCCAUGGUGACAGAGAAGCUGAAUACGAUGCAGAGCAUGAUCAGAAACAGGGAGCAGUGUUUGAGGAAGCUGGCAGAUGUUCAGGUCCGACCAAUUCAGCUGGUGGCUCCCAGACCAGAGCCAGACCAAACCUCCCAGCGCUGCAAGUCCCCCCUCUUCUCCCCCAAACAUGGUAAACAUUUUGGGGGAACUUUUCCACACAUUUGUAAUUCAAGAAAUUCCCUCAGAGAUCCUGACACAGAUGGAGCAGAGUAAAAAUCAAGAAGUAUCUCCUCUCAUGGCUUCAACAUGAAGCCGUCUGCCGUCUGCGUUAUCUCUGAGCUUCACUCUCACUUAUAUUUGUGUGUUUCUCUCCACAGGAGUAGACUUUAAUGUCCUCAACUCCAAAUUCUCUUUUGACCUGCUCCCUGGAAAAAGAGCUGCGAGACGGAACAACAGCCAGCGUAAGGUACGUGAAGUUUUAGCUUCUUUGAAUCUGCUCAUGAUCACUUUAGAGUGAUUCUGUCUGACUUAAAGGGAUAUUCCGGAGUAAAUUUAAGUUAUGGUCAAACAGAGCGGAGUUUCGCAGCUCAAGGAAGAACAUUUUUGAUCUUUACUUCAUGGAAAUGCAAUCAGACCGAGACGCUAAGGCAGAAGAACUACCGUGUCUGCAGUCCACAUACAAGAUUCUCAAGAACUCUGAUUGCAUUUCCAUGACGUAAAAAUAAAAAAUGUUCUUUCUUGAGCUGUGAAACUCCGCUGCACUCUGUGAUCGACUUGUCAGGGUCUUUGCAAACUGUUUGGAGGGAAUAUUGAUUAUCAUUCUGUUAAAGUAUCAAUCUAUUAAAGGUUAAAAUGUGACAGAACUUUGCUCAAAAUGUGUCCAAAGCUCAAAGAUGAGACUUUUUAUUUCCUUUGUGUUUUAUCAGAUUGAGGUGAUGCACGAUUUUCAAGGUAACCGCAGCUGUUUGUACGGAUCCACGACUGAGACCGAGUCAGAGACAGAGGACAAUCCAGAGCAGGUCACACGGUGGGCGAUCUCUAACUCUUGACCUGCUGUGACACCCUUGAACCGUUUUUGUCUGUUUGUUUACACUCUGCAGUUUUGAGAAGUUCUUGACUAAUUUUUAUCCCCUUGUUAUUUUGUAGUCAUAUCAUGAAGGAGCUGAUUGCGACAGAGAGGAUCUACGUGGACGAGCUGCUCUCUGUUCUUCUGGUGAGUUUAUCAAGAAAGAGAUGAGGACGAAUUACAAAAUUGAACUCUGCAGAAUUUUAACAGAAAAUCAGGGGUGUCCCGAUACAACUUUUUUAACUUCCGAUAUGAUACCGAUAUUUUAGCCUUCAUUAUUGGCCGAUACCGAUAUUGGCACAAAAUUGUGUUUGACUAGUUUUUUACUCAGCUGCAACGUCUUUUUCGGACUUUAACGAAAAAUACUGCCUCACAGCCGACAUCACUCUUCCUCCUUGCUACUUUGUUAUUACCUUACGCUGCGUUCGAGUUACCUCAGAAGUCAGAUGUUGGAGCUGAAAAUGACGUCACACCCGAGUUACCAGCAUUUCAGUUACCAAGUCGGAAAUAGGCAAAAUCGGAGGCGGAAACAAGAUGGCUCAGUCUACGAAAGUUAUUUUAGCACUUGCAUUGUCCGAAUAUAACAAGGACAAGGCAAACGCUAAAAUAAAUUUCGUAAAUGUUGCCAUCUUGUUUCUGCCUCCGAUUUUGCUUUCUCGACUUCGCUGGUAACUUGGGUGUGGAGUCAUUUUCAGCUCCGACAUCUGACUUCCGAGGUAACUCAAAUGCAGCAUAAGGUACUAACAAAGUAGCAAAGAGUAGGAGUGAUGUCAGCUGGGUGGCAGUAUUUUUUGUCAAAGUCAGAAAAAAAGACGUUGCAGCUGAGUGAAAAUCUUGUCAUACACAUUUUUGUGCCAAUAUCGGUAUCAGCCAAUAUUGAAGACAACUGGAAUGGACUGGCUGUAUCGGGGUGCUGAUAUCGGAGAUUUUAGAUGCAGACUGAUAAUAUCCGAUAUUCUUUUUGUGCUGAUAUCGGACCGAUAUCUGAUAUUAAUAUCGUAUGAGGAUAUCCUCUUUCCUCUUUCUCCAAUGAUCGUAAAUCUUCACUUUUCAUUUUCUCCUCUUCGACCUCACUGUCCUCCUCCUCUUCUUGAUCCCUUUACCCCUCCUUGUUAUUUAUUUAUUCCCUCUUGACCUUUCAUCCUCUUUCCUCUCCUUUUUUCAUGUCACACCCUCCCCCCCUUUCUCACUGUAUUUAUCAUUUCCCCUCUUUUUUCCCCCCUCUCCAUUUACUAGGGCUACAGGGCAGAAAUGGAGGAUCCGUCCAUGUCUAAUCUUCUCCCCUCGGCUCUACGCAGCCAGAAGGACCUUCUGUUUGGCAACAUGCCGGAGAUUUACCAGUUCCACAGCAGGCGAGAAACACACACACUCACACACACAGACACACACACACUGAGCUGACAAGCUGUCACACACUUGUCCUUGUCUCUUGAUCUUUUCAUGCCAAUCUUUCUCCCUUUCAUUCCCCCCUUGGAUUGGAUUUUCUCCUCUCAGGAUUUUCCUCCAAGAUCUGCAGGGUUGCCUGGAGACGCCGGAGAGGGUGGGGGGUUGUUUCCUGAAGCGGGUGAGGAAACGAGAAGUCAAAAAAAAAGAAAAAAAAACUUUAUAUGAAGAGUAAGAUCUGGCAUGUCUUCAUGUUUAUGGUGUGUAAUGUGUGUGAACAGAAAGAGAAGUUCCAGGUGUACGAGCGCUACUGCCAGAACAAGCCUCGCUCUGAGUUGCUAUGGAGACAGUGCUCUGAUUCGCCAUUCUUCCAGGUAGUUUUGUGCUUUUGAUGUGUCCCAUUAAUGGUGUGAAAGUCACAGUCCUCAUCUUUGCUUCUUCUAUAUCUCUCUCCCUCUCUCUCUCUAUUGAUGCAGGAGUGCCAAAAGAAGCUGGACCACAAGCUCGGUCUGGACUCUUACCUCCUGAAACCAGUCCAGCGUCUGACAAAGUACCAGCUGCUACUUAAGGUUGUGCUCAUUCAUCAUUAGCCUGUCAGUGAUGAAAGUCUGCUCUGGGCGCAGAACCGUGAAUGUUUGUGGUUAGUUUUAUCUGCCACCGCAUGAGGCGGAGGUACUUUAAACGAGCAGCUGAGCUCGGCUUCCCAGAGCAAAACUGAAACUGACUGAUGAUAUCGAUGUGCAGAGACCGAAACUGAUCCGGACACCUCAGUAAAUCAAAGCCAACGAGCUCAUUUGAAAAAAAGGAUCAUCUUGGCACAGAGGAUGCAUCUUAUUAGGACCGUGAUCGUCUUCGCAAACUGAUGAAUAAGAAUAUCAGAGGAAACAGGAGAAUGUUUGUACAUGCAGACGAUCGUACAGCUCGAGAUGAAACAAACUAAUCUGGAUAAUCUGAAAACCGCUCACAGGACUCGACAGUGCGACCAUUUCGAUCACAUUUGCGACUAAAAACAGAUGUGUGCGAAUUGUAAAAUGUAUUUAGAUGCGCAUAAAAAAAUUAACCGAGGCAACAAAUGUUUUUUCAUGUGGUGAAGUUAGUUUUAGGUUAAAAUUCCGACAGACGUUCACUGCGGAUCUACCGGUGUCCUCUCACUCUCCAUAACCGGGAAUUGCAACAGCAGCGCGGUUAAAUCUACUCGGCACCCUCGCUGUCAACGUCGGGUGUUGAAUAAGGGACCAUCAAUAAAUUACCGCUUGAUGUUAUGAUAAAUAAUAAAGAAUUUUAUUUAUAACGCACUUUAACAGCUGCUCAAAGACACCUCACAAAGAAAAAGAAGAAAAUAAAAUGAAAAAAAAUAAACAACUUAAAAUACAGGAAAUUAUAGAAAUAAAAUCAAUGAUGUAAAAGGUAAAAAAAAAAGACACAGUAAAAGAACAGAGUCACAGGUUAAAAGCCAAUUUAAAAAGUUGUGUUUUUAAGAGUGAUUUAAAAUUGUGGGGGUCGGUACAUUCUCGGGUGGAUUUGGGGAGUGAAUUCUAGAGGGUGGGGGCAGCAACAGAGAAGGCUCUGUCCCCCCAAGUUCGGUGCUUGGUCUGAGGGGGUAUGGCAAGAAGAUUUCCCUCUGAGGAUUGGAGGGCAUGGGGAAGGGGGGCUGUAGUGGUGGAGCAGGUCUGUGAAGUAGGUGGGGACCCGGUUGGUAAGGGAUUUGUGGGUGAGCAGGAGGAUUUUGAAUUGUAUGCGGUACGAUGGGAAGCCAGUGCAGAUUUUGGAGGAUGGGGGUGAUGUGUUCUCGGGAGUUGGUGCAGGUGAGCAGGCGGGCAGCAGAGUUUUGAAUGUAUUGGAGUUUAUUGUUUAUUAUGUUCUCAAAAAAGGCUGUUUUCCUUCAAUAGCUUCCAUGUCCUGUGACCAAAAGACCUAAAAUUGAUUUCAAAUAAUAGUACUUAUGUCGACCAAUAAGACAACUUUUAUUGUGCCUCUAAAGUUCUUCGUGUGCUCCUUACUUUCUCAACUUAGGAGCACAUGCGCUCCUUGUGAAAAAAGUUAGUGUCGAGCCCUGACUCACCUGUUAAACGGCGACUUUUCUCUUUCUUCCAGGAGCUGCUGAAGCACUGCACAGAGGGUCAGUCCCGCUCCGAACUGCAGGAGGCUCUGAACACGAUGCUGGAGCUGCUCAAGUCUGUCAACGACUCCAUGCACCAGAUAGCAAUCACUGGAUAUCAGGUACCAGCCGUAGACUGUAUAAUAGAUUAGAUUAGAUUAGAUUCGAUAUUCUUUUAUUCAUCCCUCAGCAGGGAAAUCAAAAUUGUUGACAGCAGCAGUACACACAACAACAUACACAUUCACACCGGGUACAAAAACAAAUAAAUAAAGAUAGAAGAAUUAGUGUAAAAUAGAAAGAGCAGAGCAAGAACAGUUUAAAAGACGAGUUUAGAAAGUAUUAAAAGAUCAGUGCCAACAAAAACAGGUACAGAUGUGUGUAGGUAGACUGCAGUGUAGUUGCUGGAUAAUAUACUGGAUGAUAUCGCACAUGAUUCAUAAAUAAAUUAGGGGUGUCUGGGGAAAUAUUGCAGUUGUUGUUGGUGGUGUUGGUCUGCAAGGGACAGGCCUGGCUGUAGAGUCUGAUAGCAGCAGGGAGGAAGGACAAAGACGCUCACUGAAGGAGCUUUCCAGGGCUCUUACAGACUCUUGUAGCGGAUGGGAGACAUUAUCCAGGAUUGCUGACAGCUUUGCCACCAUCCUUCUGUCAAUACCAGCCUGUAAAACAAACAGAUUCAUUGAUUCAUUUGUGAUCAUGUUAUUAAAAUGUGAAUUAGUCUGGUUAAAUAACAUGGCAGAUGUAUCAAAAUUGGAAUAAGUCAUGAACUUCCCCCUUGUUGGUGCCGUUCAUUCAUUCAUGGUAAUAUCCUCUCCAUCUGUGGCAGGGUGACCUCAGCCAGCUCGGCCGGAUGGUGUUGCAGGGGGGCUUCAGCGUUUGGAUCAGCCAUAAGAGCGCAGCAGUGCGAAUGAAGGAGCUAGCCAGAUUCAAGCCCAUGCAGAGACACCUCUUCCUCUAUGAACGGGCUCUCCUCUUCUGCAAGCGCAGAGACGAGGACUCUCACGACAGGACACCUUUCUACAGCUUCAAAUCCUGCCUCAGGGUAGGAAUCGAACCACAUUCACCUGUCAAUGCAGUCCAAUAUCCAAAGCCUCAUCAUGACAAACCCUCUCUCUUCAAAGCUCACCACAUUGUCCUUACAUUGUUAAGCUCAGUCUGACCCUGACGUUGUCUCUUUAUUUGAGUGGUGUAAUCCUCGGUGACGGUUUAUAAUGAAGGUUAUCAGGAAGUGUAAUUAUUUUUCACUCUUUCUACAGAUGAGUGCAGUGGGAAUCACAGAAACGGUGAAAGGAGAUGUGAAGAAAUUUGAAAUCUGGUACAGCGGCAGAGAAGUCGUCUACAUAAUUCAGGUAUUUUUUUGUAUCCCUUUUUUGAACAGCGUUUUAGUGUUUUUAAAGGGAUAUUCCGGUGUAAAUUUAAAUUAUGGUCAAACACACCAUAACACCAAGUUGUAGCAGACUGUAGCAGUCGGCAACAUUCAUCUCUCGAGCGGGUGUCUAAACUCUGUGAUACGGUGUGUAUGUUCCCUUAACUUAAUUUUACUCUGGAAUAUCCCUUUAAGUGUAGGAUAUUGACAGAUAUCUCUUGUGUUUUAUCUGUCUAGGCUCCCACAGUGGAGGUCAAAGUUGCUUGGCUGACAGAGAUACGAAAAAUUCUCACCAACCAGCAGAAACUGCAUCAAGGUUUCUACUUUUGUGGUUCCUCUCAUGCCUCUUUGUUUUUACCUGGUUUCAUUUUGUGACUUAUUCAUCUAAGUUCAAUAUAUGGAUCUGAUACAAUCAAUUUGGUCUCCUUCGUGAUUCCAGCUGUAUUUCUGUCUCCUUUGUCUCUUGUCCUUUUUAUAGAUGACUCUUCUUCACUUCCCCUUUCAGACAACCCUCUCUCUGACAGGUAAUCCUCUCUGUACGACCCCCCCUAUCAUCCUCUAAGUCUGUGUGCGACCUCCCACUACGCGGUGGGGGGAAUGAGCCCUCUCUAUUUUAAUCAAAUGUAAAUUCAGAAACUCAUUUUAAAGAGAAAAUUAGCAUCUUUGUCAUCCACCCUCGAGAAUUGGUAGACGGACGAUAGCUGCGCUGUCCGUGGUGCUGAAUCUGAAACUGCUGAAAUCAGCACCAUGGAGAGCAGCGUCUCAGGCCCUGAUUAGACGGUUUCAAGAAUGCUGACCACGAUAGAAAACAGUUUAUUUAACACACUGACAGGCUGUUUAAACAGUUCGGAGGUGUGCUCGACAUUAAUGCAAUAAAUCCCAGAGCAAAGCAGGGCGCGGGGUGACUAAAUCAGGUGGCUGUACAUGUUAGAUAUUCCCUGUCAAAGUGGAAAUAAUCGAAAAAUUGUCACAAUAUUGUUUGAAGAAGAUGACUCCAAGAUCUUUGAGUUGAUUCUUCUACAUGUUUGCAAUUAUUGUGUGUCUGAGAAAGGGUUAAGGAUCGAGUGGGGUAUUUUUCCAGUGUUUUGGUGGAAGAACAAGUCUGUUAUUUUAACUGAUAGCAUGCUAGCAUGUUAAGCCUUUAGCGAAGGACCGUCAGGUUUUUGCUUUACAACUUAUUGUUGACUCAAAGAGAAGAUUUGUGGUUUCCUUGGGUCAAAAAUCAGGAGGCUUGAGGAUUGAAAUGUGACACAAAUUGAAUGUCCUUGUUAGAAUAGUUAAAGGGAUAUUCUGGCGUAGACACUGAGUUAGACACCCCCAUCGAGAGACGAAUGUUGCUGACCGCUUGCUUCUCUAGUUAUACCAACUUUAGUAACGACCGCAUGAUAGUAAUUCACAGUGGUCUACGUCUCCACGCCCAAACCUCAACCAAAACACCACUCUAUAGCCACAAAUAAUGCUCAGAACAACACCUAACUUCAUCAACAGUACAUAUAGGGUCCCAGCCAUAGUACUAGCCACCAAACAUCUUCUUAGCUUUGCCUUAUUUCUUUAGCAAAGAGACUAAUGCUGCAUUCAAGUUGAAUGCAGUCUGAUUUCCGAUUCGGAAAGAAUAUGUUGUACUGCCCAACGUUUAACUGUGAACAUGGUGAUAUGGUGUUUGUACGAGUAAAAUACUGUGUUAUGCGUUGUUUACGACUGGUAUAGCUAACAACAACGAACAACAACUGACAACAGCCAACGACAGCUGACAAUUGUAAACAAAAGCUAACAACAGGUAACUCUAGGUGUCCAUCUUGGUUUUCCGACUUCUUAAGUGGAACGCCAUCAACUUGGGUGUAACGUCAUUCCUAGCUCCAAGAUCCUACUUCCGAGAUAACUGGAACGCAGCAUAAACACAACUCACUCACUCUCCUCCAGCAGCCGCUUGUUUGUUGGGGAGCCCUGAUGAGUCGAUCACAGAGUGCAGCGGAAAAUUUCCAUGAAGUAAUCAUCAUCACAAUCACUUUGCACUGCAGAUGCUGUAGUUCUUCUGCCUAAGCAUCUCGGUCUGAUUGCAUAUCCAUGAAGUAAUAAUCAUAAAUGUUCUUCCUUAAGCUGCGAAACUCCGCUGCACUCGGUGAUCAACUCGUCAGGGCUGACUUCCUUCUCUUUGCUAAAAAACCAGGCAAAGCUGAAAAAUGUUUGAUGGGUCCUUUAUGUACUGUUGAUGAAGUUAGGUGCUGUUCUGAGCAUUACAGUAUUUGUGGCUAUAGAGUGACGUUUUGGUUGAGGUUUGCACGUGGAGAUGUAGACCACUGUGUAUUGCUAUCGUGUGGUUGUUACUAAAGUUGGUAUAACUAGAGAAGCAAGCGGUCGGCAACAUUCAUCUCUCGAGGGGGUGUCUACCUCGAUAUUACGGUCUUCGAAAUUGAAUUUGUUCACAAUUUAAAACUACAAGUCUUAUUUUCAAUAGACCCAUUCAUAAAUAUUCACAGUCUAACUGUGUCCGAGCAUGGGAUAAUAAGGGAUUUUUGACUCUUAUCAACUAAUGUAUGCUGUGAAUGUUUCUCACUUUUGAAUGAUGGUUGUACAUUUGGGUCACCAAGCAUUUGCGAGUAAUUCUCUAGCAGACUGGUGUGCUGAUGUAGCAAAGUUUUCUUUAAAUUUUUGAAGCUACAUGGGGGAAAAAAUGCUGCCCUAAUCAGAUGACACCUGACUGUGGAUUAUUUGCAAAUACUGAUUAAUCGAAGCCUGAUAUGUGUGAAGAAUACUGUACGGUCAAAGUGAUGUAACCAUGUAUUUCAGCAAUCUCUGGUUUCACAGAUACACGACCUCAUCUUAUAAAAAGAGAUGCUGAAAUACAUGUGAGUGUGAACUUACUGGAAUGCUGUUUUAUUUAACAGAAUGUGGAUGAGCUCGUUUUGUGACACAGUGGGUGUUGUUGUUGUUGUCGUUUUUGUUGUUUUUGUUUGUUGUGGUUGUGCCUUGUUCCCAUGGUGAUGGGGUUUAGUGCAUCAGAGAUGUGUGUGUCGUGGGGCGGAGCAUCGGUGGGAGGCUGCUCAGCGUGUCUCCCUGUUCCUCACAGCUCCUCGGCAACUACCCGCACCUACAGGCACAGAGGGGAGGAGUCAACGCACAGUAGCCCCGCCCACUCAGACCCUGUGGUUCACUCGCCUCGACGCAGUAAGUCACUGAUAAUUUUUUUAUUUUUACAAAUUUAUCUGUUUAAAAAAACUAUACUAGAAAUUCAAAGAUACCGAAAUUCAGACAUAUCAUCAGUACUUUUUUCAAACACAUGCUUCAACCCUGAGCACAGAAACAAGAAAAUAUAAGCAUAUCAUUAGGGUGACCAUAUUCUGAAUCCUCAAAAAGAGGACAUGACUACUGGGGCGUUGCGUGUAGUUAAUUUUGAGAAUUUUUUCGGGUCGGACUGAGUGUUUUUUUAUAUACUUUUAACUCAGUAAGUCCAUGUGACACAAACUCAAAACUACCAUACAAAACCUCAGACAUUUGAAGGGUCUUGUAAACUCUCCCAGACAGGCCCCAAAAAAGAGGACAUGUCCUGGUAAAAGAGGACGUAUGGUCACCCUAAUUUAGCCAUUUUGGCAUCUAAAAGAAAACUGGGAAAAGAAAAAGAAAAAAGGGAGCGAACACAACCUUUGUGAAGUUACUUAUUAGUUCGUGACCUAUUUGACGUAUGGUUUGGCCAGUCUUUUCAGCCAAAAUUGACCAUAUCUGACAUGAAGUGUACAUAGAUAUAGUUUGUAGUUUGUAGUCUCUCAGCUCUGUUGUCGUCUGCAGCCUGGCCCGUCCACGCACACUCAGUGGCGAUCUGUGACGGCCUGGAGGACUGGGGUGCUACGGAUCUCUCCAACAUAUCUGACUCAGACGAGGAGGAUCAGCCAGCCCCCCUGGUAGGAUUUUAUCAUGAUCAUGACGCAGGAUAUUCUGGUGGAUUUAUUAUUAGGAUAUGCUUACUGUAUUUCAUUCUCCUCCUCUUUUCUCUCCUUCAUUCAUUCAUUCAUUCAUCGCUGGUUGAUAUUAGGUAAGAUCUAAUCCUGAACUCAAUACCGGUCUAUUUAAAUGUGUUAUGAUGCAUUUUGGGCUGUUUCACAUGUGAAGAAGGUAUCAGAAUGCACAGCUCACCUUAGUUUCACCUGUCCUCUGAUCCAGGUGGCGGGCAGGUACAGGGUCAUGGUGGAGAGCAGUAUGGCCAGCACUGAUGACAUCAUCUUUAACUCUGGCGAUGUGAUCCAGCUGCUUCACGAGGAUGUGUCGGGAAUGUGGUAAAACAGACGACUUAUUUCAGAAAUCAGGCGCAAACAUAGACUGUAUAUACCAUGGAAAAUUUGUUUCCGCCUUCCUCCUGUAUACAGAUUUAAAGCCGAAAAGCUCUCAGUAAUUCCGCGUUUUUUCUCCUCUUCCUGAAACCAACAUUGGCAGUAGCGUUGUACACAUUCAGCGGGAGAGUUGCCGAGAGUCAGGGUGAUGACGCUCGGCUCAAACAGCGUAUCCCCCGGGUGAACUACACAAUCUUCGUACGCCCAUAGGCUGUAUCAGGUGUCAAUCAUAGAAAACAUGAACCCCCUAAUAACUUUUAAAAAUGAAGCUGUACAGAAAAAAGAGGACUUGAGCACAAACUAGUCUUACAGGAACUACAUGUCAACAUCACAAGCUGGGGGGAGAAAAAUGUAUAUUUAGUGUAAUUAAUUUCUAAAGUUUGUCCACAGCUCCAUAGGGAUUGCUGGAGGAGGUGAGAUCUAUGACCUAUACUGCAGCCCGUCACCAGAGGGAGCUGUGAGUGGCUUCACCCAGCGAGGAGGCAGAUGGCGUCCAUUCUAUAUACAGUCUAUGGGCGCAAAAAAUUCUGCUGAUAAAAUUAUAACCUAAUCUGUCAACUGACACUUCUGUGUGUGUGUGUGUGUGUGUGUGUGUGUGUGUGUGUGUGUGUGUGUGUGUGUGUGUGUGUGUGUGUGCGUGUGUGUGAUCACAGGAUGGUCAGGAAUGUUAGUCGUGGAGAAGAAGGCCGUGUUCUACCUGAGGACCUGCACAGGAUUCUGGGAGAGACCUGCUGAGAGCCAGUCAGAGCCAAGGACAGAUGACACCUGUGUCCGUUUCUGGGAUCAUCCUGUUCUUGAAAACCUGACACACAAAAACACACACUCAUACACACACACACGAAACAAACACUCCAUCAACUUCCCGGACAAACGUCAAAGGGCAUCUGCCUCUUGAUCAUCAGACGAUGGAUCGAAGCACAUCAAUCGUUAGUUUAGUCGUCACAUGACCGUGAAACUUUCACCUCAGAGAGCUGUAAACUACAGAGCGGACCUCAGAAGAAUGUAACAGUGCAAAGCACACACAUGUGGGACCUAACAAAACCAACGCCUCAUUUUACUUUACCCGUCUUUUCCAGCGUAAUCCAGCGUAAUAUUUGGACUCAUGGUUGAAAAUAGAUGUUUAACAGGAGUGUCAUCUAUAUAUAUAUAUUUACAAAAUGGACUUUUGUUCAAGACUUAAACUUUUAUCAUUUCUAUUUUCUUAUGAAACAGGAAAGAAAUUGUGUAUGGUUUCUAACAUAUCAUUACGUUUAUGUGCCAAACAGCUCAGCUAGUUUCUGUGGCUUCUUUUUGACUUACACUCUCACAAAAUGGAAAUAGCUUUACAUUGUGGUGUUAUAUCUUCUGGUAGGGGAAAAAAACCUACAUCAACCAGCUUGAGAAUUUGUAUGGGAUGUUGUCACUAACCAAAAAUUGCCAAGUUUACUUUAUCAGUGGAGGUGAUGAUUAGAAGAAAGCACGAAAAGGAGUGCAGCCCAAAAGUGAAACUUGUGCGAUCAAAUGGAGAAAGGUUUAAAGGUUUGCAAUAUGCCUGAUACACGUGGUUACAUCUGCAUCAUACCAGCCACUGUGCUUUUCUCUUUUUUCAUAGGUGAGAACAGCAAAUGUUGUUUUGUAUAAUCAAGAGCAGCCAGUCCUUUUAGCAGUUACCAACAUUUGCUCUUCACACCAAGUAAGGGAUAUGAGCAUAGAUCGCAAAAGUGCUUUUUUUAGUGCAUACUGCAUGUGCAAACAUAAACUCUGUUUAGCCAUACUCUUCUCGAUGUAUGUGUGAAAUGCGAAUUUUAUUUGGAACACAAAGAAAGAGACUUGGACACAGUUUGCUGAAGAUAAUACAGAUGCCCUCAUUCCUAGCAGCCAGUGGUCUGUUUAGAGGGGAGGGAUGCAUAUGUGGAAAUAUCAGUGUAAACCCUUACCAGAUCUUCUUUUUGAAAUAACAUAGCAGGCCAGUGAACGCCAUAGCAUACUGGCCUUUUUUUCCCGUGUAUGUACCCUCAUCUGAAAACUUAAUCUAAGCAGAUCCAUCGUCGUGUUCCUCUUGAGCUUCUCCUGCUAUGACAAGUGAAAAUGUUUAGUGCUAAAAAAAGGCAUAUCGAUGCAGCACUCAAGAUGGACAGUCUGGGACAGGGACUGCAGCAGCACGUAUGCAGGAUGAACACUGUGUACUUGUGCAUGACUUCUACAUCUGCAGUCAGUGCAGCUGGUUGUUGUAACUCUGGUUGUUUGAGCGACUUACUUUGCCUAUGGAUUCUUUUUUACUUUUGCUGCUGUUCAUGGCAAUAUUUCUCUUUAUGUUUUGUUGGCAGCAAUUCUUCCACUGAAUGAAUUUAACACAAAUACUGAGAUGAGAUAAGCUUUACUGCUUGUUUGCUGCUCUGCAUGAUCAAAUCACUGCACAUGCCUUCUGCUUUCUCUCUGUCUGUACUGCUUCAUAACACCAACAGGGGAAAUAUGCUCAGUGUUGGAUUGUAACUGUAAAACCCUCAAGAUCCGCGUUUAGCGCUUCACGUCGGCGACGCGUAUCUGCUCCGUCGAGUACGCGUAUUUGGAGCGUUGCAGCAGCGUAGUGUAGCCCCCGGUUAGCUUGGCUCAGUAUAGAGGGAAAAACAUGUUCACAACGGGUUGUUUUGCCUUUCUGUGGUCUAUUUCCUGCUAAUUUGGAUAAAACUCGGUGACUGUUGAGCUUCUAUUGUAUGUGAAAAAGCAACAAGUUUCGGUUUUUGCAGGUUAAUUCGUGUCUAAUGAAGUAAACUUUAUGCUAUGCUGUUAGCUUCAGACAGAGUUAGCAGCUAAAAGUCCGGUUGGGCUCCACAUAGAUCAGGGAUUGACUAUCGGAUUGUUCUUUGUUACUGAUAAAUCCAUAACCAGGAAGUACUUCUCAUCUACACGAACUGAUAAACAGUCGGAAGUCCGCAUAUGGUGUUUUAUUUUGAAAUUUACCGUAUGACAUGCGCGGUUUCCGUGCUUUACAUCCUGCCCAGAACGGUCUUUCCUGUGGCGAUUGACAAGUACAGAGCUGAGACGCAUCCUGUGGGGUUUGCACAUAUACUGAACAUAGUAUAUACUGCAUAAAGUAUAUACAGUCUGUGGGUUUGCAGCAUUGAUUAAAAUGGAGAUCUAUUUGCUGCGUGACACACGGCGCUGACAAUACGCGCUCAAUACGGAUUCUAUGGGCUUUAGGUUUUACAUUGUGGGUUACAGAAACAUUCACUUUGGAUUUAGGUUACUAAUAACUGAGGACAAGUUGAGUGACUCCAAACUGCCUACUUUUAAAACUGCCCAAACUGUUUGGCUUCAUUAAAACACAGUGUGAAAAGUGGUUAUCAUACACUGCCACUACACUGUCAUAUUAUUUCUAAAGGUUAGACAGUGUAAAGUUACGGACAAUCUGUGAAUAUGUAAAUGAUACAAAUAUAGAUUUGACAUGAAAAACAACUUUGGAAAAAAAAAAGUCAUGUAAAUCUGACUCUUCGAUGUUGACACUCUGUUAUCAAGUGAAAAAGUACAUUACAUUCUUUAAGUCUUAGCUCCAUCUUUGAAUAUAAUCUAAUCUAAUCUCAUGGCAGGUGGUACCUCAUCUAAGAAUAGCAAUAUGAAUAUAGGUCUGUUUUCACUGUAUAUGACAUAAUAUAGUGGGAACAUUGGAAGCACUUUAAAGUGAGUUUCAGACGGUGUCUUAAAAUUCAGCUCUUUCCUAGGAAAAAAACAAUAGUUAUGUUUAAUUUAUUCGUAAUCCACUUGAAACAGGCAUCAGAGGUGUUUCAUAGAUUUGUUUAGUCAGGCUAGAAUCCGUCUUUUCACUGUACCUUAAAGUGGUGUCUGCUACUUCUGCUCAUUUUGCACUUUUUGGAUAUUUUGAAUCAUUGUGAAAGCUUGUAUAUUAAUGCAUUAUGUACAUGAUUAUUUUCCAAAAUAAAAGCACAGUAUUAUUCAUUUUGA